CAAAGCACCCGGAUAAAGGUUCCGUUCCGUGCGCAGUGCGGCUCGGUGCGGCGCUGCUGACAGGGGAGUGGGAGAUUGAGCCUGUGGCCGAGGCGGCGAUAAAUCAGCCUGGCAGCUCCUGAGUCCCCGCCGUGGUGGGGAGAGGGCUCUGGGACGGACGCCCCGGUGGAUCAGAUGUCGGGGGGAUUGGCAGGCCCCUCGGUCCGGGGCUCCGGUGGCGGGUUAAGUCGCGAGCUGUGCCGCGCGUUCGGCCAUUACAACCGGCACUUGGCACGGCUGCAGCACAAUCUGCGCGAGACCAAGAAGUUCUUCCGCGACAUCAAAUAUUCCCAAGGCCCCGCUGUUUUCCCCGUCGCUGGUACUGGGCCUGCCGGGGAGGAGCCGCCUCAACAACAGCCCACUCCUUCAGCGGUUGAUAGCGCCCUUAUCGGUGGGGGUGCCUUCCUGCAGGCCGGGCAGCUGAGCUCAAUUGCCUUUCCCCGACAUGAGGAGGAGUACCUCCAGCUGACAGUAAGCUGUCACCCAUGCCUUUUAAUUUUUGGUCAGAGCUGUAAUGCCAAAUGCCAGUUACUUAACAUGCUCUUGGGAGAGAGACUGCUACCUACCACCAAAAUUAGCAGUGAGGAGAACUGUAAGAGGCGUCGAAUUCGCUUCACACAUGGAAGACAAACGCGGAUUAGUUUGGCUCUACCAGGACAGUAUGAAUUGGUUCAUAACUUGGCAGCUCAUCAAGGUAGAUGGGAAACAAUACCUGAGGAGGACUUGGAAAUCCAUGGCGAUAAUGAAGAUCUGGCACACCAGAUUGCAGAGCUGGAGGUUACACUGAAUCACACAUUAUUACAGGAAGUGGAUAUUGUGGUAGCUCCGUGUCGGGGAUUUCAGUCAGCAGAAGUCACUUUGGGAGAAUACGUGAACCAUGUUCUUCCAGUCAUCACAUUUGCCAUCAGUGAGGCAGAACUCUCAACCCUGGAUGUGAAUGAACUGCAAGAGAUUAAAGAGAAAUUCUCCCUGCCUAUCUUCUUUUUCAAAGUGCCAGAUUUGGGGGCUGAACUAAUAUCCCCUCAAAAUGCAGAGAAUGAAAAGUCAUCUCUUUACCGGCAGCUGUUAGAUUUGGACUAUCUUAGUACCAACCAUUGCAGUUGUGGAGCUCCUAGCUCUGAUGCCAAAGCCCAGAGCAUGCUGGUGGAACAUUCGGAUAAGAUCCGUCUGCUUAGCACUUUCUCCAAACAGGUGCUGCAGCAGCGUUUGGUGGAUGCAGCCACCAUCUUGAACAUAGUACACUGCCGUUGCCUGGACAUUUUCAUCAACCAAGCCUUCGAUAUGCAAAGAGACCUUCAGAUCACUCCAAAGCGCCUGGAGUACACACGGAAAAAAGAGAACGAGCUGUAUGAAUCUCUGAUGAGCAUUGCCAACCGCAAACAAGAGGAAAUGAAGGAUAUGAUUAUUGAGACUCUCAAUAACAUGAAAGAGGAGCUGCUGGAAGAUGCUGCUAAUAUGGAAUUCAAAGAUAUUAUAAUUCCUGAGAAUGGAGAGCCUAUUAGUUCCAGAGAUGUUAACUGUUGCAUUAAGCAAAUUCAAGAACUGAUAAUUUCACGGUUAAACCAAGCAGUUGCUAACAAGUUGAUAAGUUCUGUGGACUACCUGCGGGAGAGCUUUGUAGGGACUCUGGAAAGAUGUCUGAAGAGUCUGGAGAAAUCUCAGCAAGAUGUUACAGUGCAUAUUACAAGCAACUACCUAAAACAGAUACUGAACGCAGCCUACAAUGUUGAAAUCACUUUUCACUCCGGUUCAACAGUAUCCAGAAUGUUGUGGGAACAAAUCAAGCAGAUAAUACAACGGAUUACUUGGGUGAGCCCACCAGCUAUCAGCACAGAGUGGAAAAGGAAAGUAGCUCAGGAUGCUAUUGAGAGUCUUAGUGCAUCAAGGUUGGCCAAGAGCAUCUGUAGCCAGUUCCGGACAAGACUAAACAGUUCUCAUGAAGCUUUUGCAGCUUCCUUGCGGCAGCUGGAGGCUGGCCACUCAGGCAGGCUGGAGAAAACAGAAGAUCUUUGGUUGAAAGUGCGAAAAGACCAUGCUCCUCGGCUUGCCCGCCUCUCACUGGAAAGCAGGUCCUUGCAGGAUGUUUUGUUACAUGGUAAACCAAAGCUGGGCCGUGAGCUGGGCCGAGGGCAAUAUGGAGUGGUGUACUUGUGUAAUGCCUGGGGGGGGCACUUCCCGUGUGCACUCAAAUCUGUUGUUCCUCCAGAUGAGAAGCACUGGAAUGACCUUGCACUUGAGUUUCACUAUAUGAGGUCUUUGCCAAAGCAUGAGCGGUUGGUAGACCUUCAUGGGUCCGUGAUAGAUUAUGGGUAUGGUGGGGGUUCCAGCAUUGCUGUUCUACUGAUAAUGGAGCAAUUGCAUAGAGAUCUCUAUACAGGAUUAAAGGCUGGGUUGACAUUGGAGACAAGAUUGCAGAUUGCCUUGGAUGUAGUUGAAGGGAUUCGAUUUCUUCAUAGCCAGGGACUUGUUCACAGAGACAUCAAACUUAAAAAUGUAUUGCUUGAUAAAAACAAUAGAGCUAAAAUCACAGACCUAGGAUUCUGCAAACCCGAGGCAAUGAUGUCCGGCAGUAUUGUUGGGACCCCUAUCCAUAUGGCUCCUGAACUUUUCACAGGGAAAUAUGAUAACUCUGUGGAUGUAUAUGCAUUUGGCAUCUUGUUCUGGUACAUCUGUUCAGGAUAUGUGAAGCUACCGGAGGCUUUUGAGAGAUGUGCAAGCAAGGAUCACCUUUGGAACAAUGUACGAAGAGGAGUACGUCCUGAACGCCUUGAGAUUUUUGACGAGGAAUGUUGGCAGCUGAUGGAAGCCUGUUGGGAUGGGGACCCUUCUCAGCGUCCACUCCUGGGCAUUGUCCAGCCAUUGCUGCAGAGCAUCAUGGGCAGGCUUUGCAGGUCGAACUCUGCACAAAACAAAGGGUUAGAUGACUCUACUUGAAAAAGAAGCCAUGGAAGAACUGUUCUGUUCCGUUCUGUUAUAUGAGAACACUGGUUCCCACCUUGCCACUGGCAGCUCAAGAUGGUAGCUUUUCUGAAGAGACCAGUCACAAAUUGGGCGCUUGGGUGAGAGGAUACAAAAAUUCCAUCUCAUACAGUAGCCAGGGACAUUUAUCUCCAAUGCACACUACUAAUGCAAGUUGCCAGUGCUCCCCUCGUUAUUAAAAAGCAAAUAAAAAUAUGGGGAAUUCAGGCUUCUUAGUCUGGAAGGGAUUUUGCUUAUCCUCUUCAGACUCCAAUAAAGGAAAAAAACACUGUGUUUCAGAACUCUAGCAGCCAGCACAUUUGCACCUACAGCUACAGUCUGCUCCCUGCCUAUAUCAUCCUCCCUGAAUUUCACACAUGUAUGUGGAUUAUUGGAAGGCAUAACGUUGUAUUCCUUUCAUAGGGAGGGUUAUCCAGCUAACCUUUGGAUGGAUUCUGAGGGGUAUAAGCUGAUACCGACUUUCAUAGUACUUGAUAUGUUUACAUGGAGGGAUCAAAGCAUCCGUGAGGGGAAGGCCACACUGCAGUGGCAAUACCCUAAGAAGUAUAAGCUACCUGUUCUUUGUCUUGUGAACCAAGCUCUUUUUGGUAAAUGCUUAAUAGCAAUCCUUGAAACAUCUGAGCAAAGAUGGCCUUUUUUAUUUUUUUACCAUCUUGCAGCAGGAUGGGUACUCCACCAAAAAAGACUCUGCACAUAUAGAAAUAGAAACAAAAAUUGCUAGCAACUACUGUCUGCAUGCAAUGGACAACUAACAGGCCAUGUUUUUAACUACAGCAGUUUUCUUGUUUUGAACCAAGUAUAAAGGCAGUGACUGUUUUAAAUUCUAAUAUUGACAGGCAUUUUAAAAUAUUUCUUCAGCUAUGUAUUUUUAAAUCAUUCCCUUGGAGAGAACCUAAGAGAGACCUGUCAUUAUUCCAUAGAUGUGCAUGGUUGCUAUGUCUGCUCAUCAUUUACUACUUUGGGGUGUUGGAUGUGUUGAUCUAGGAAUCCAUUGCAGGGACCACAAGGGGAGGACAAGUCCAGAGACCUCUGUAAUGAAGGGCUCUUUCCCAUGUAGUCUAUAUGCCCUUGACAGAAAGAUUCCUUUGCAUUACUUGUGUAAGAAUUAGUUUCUUAGUACAACAAUAUUUUGAGGAGUAGUGAAGACUGAAAUGGAGAAUGCAACUGGCAUAGGUAAGGAAAGAGACCAGUUGCCAAUGUUUUUUCCAUGUGUUUGGAGAAUGAAAGGUGAAACCUCAUUUUCCCUCUUUCACAUAACAAGACAUGCACUGGUUCCAUCUUCAUAGAAUAAUUGAGUAUGUGUUGUACAAAGCCAUUCAAACAGGCAUCAUAUAGUACCUUGUUUCAAUUGUACAGCCUCUUGCAGAAUUACAGCCUCUUGCCUGUUUACAUAAACCACUAGAGACAAAAGUUACCGUGCAAUGUUACUGACCAGUCUAGAUGAACCUUUCCUGUGUGUGCAUUAAAAUUGAAAAUGUGCUUUUAAAAUGAUUGCUUUUUACAUAAUGGCCAUUCAUUGUUAUGUGAUGGUCUAAACUGUAUUCACGUUUCUGUCCACAAAUUGUAGCAUCUGGCAACUUGAACUAAAUGGGCAUCAAGAGCUGCCAACCAUGCUCACAGAAAAACACAUACAUGCUGAAAUAGGAAGUCAUAGAAAUGUCACUUAAUGUACUAUCUGGGCCACCAUUGCAGUCAUUUGACAGUGUUAUUCAUUUCAUAUCUAUUUAUUCUGCUACAGUGGCUAGUGGCCUUGUUAGAAUUAGGAGGGUCUAGGUCAGUAUUUUUGGAAAUAUAGAUAAAGUGUGUGUAAAAUUAAAAUAAAUAAAACUCUAUUUGAAAAUGGCUUGUAUAGCUUUUCCGAAGUAGCUGCUUCCUUACUCUUUACAUUGUGCCUUUUCAAAAACUGAGUCAAAGUAUUGUGUCAAAUUCCACCAGGGAGAUCUUCCCCAGACACAUCUGGCUCUGUACACUUCCCCAUUGUACAACCACGCAUGCAUUCCUCUGUUAGGCAUAAAUUUUAAGUAUUAUGCUGAUCAGCUCUGAAUCAAAUUUCAUAGGCCCUGACAUGCCUCACAACAGGGAUGAGAUGAGUUUGCACUGUUGAGUUCUACUAGUUAAAAUGUGUUUGACUUUAUUAAAACAUAAAACCCUGUUCAUAUUGGCAAUGCUACAUGGUUUCCUUAUGUUACUAGCACCCUUGAGGUCUAAAAAUAAAGCAUGUAUUUUAAACACAUGAAAUAUUUUCACACGGUAGCAAUAGGGCCAAACAGGUGCCACCAGGUAUCAUGGUGGGAAUUAUGGUGGCUAUCUGUGUAUUCAGGUCAAUUGUAAUUGUGAAGGAACUACCACUGGUAUCCUACUCCAGUGACUUGAUGAAAGCAUUAGAAAAAAAUGUGUGAGGAAAUACCAGUUCUUUCUAAAAAGUUACUGUUGUGCCCGUAUACAUGUAUCUUGUUCUGCAAAAUACCUCUUCUCCCCCCACCCCCAAAGGUUACUAGAAUCCAGUCUUCAUUACCCACUUGGUUCUACACCCGGAAUGAAACUUUGUUUACUGAACUGUAUUAUGCAACGUUUACAAGUUGUUACAGACUUGAUGGCUAGAGCAGGUGCUCCAAAAGAGUUUUUUUAGUGCUUGAAACAUGAUAAAUCAAAUUAGUUUACAAAACAAGUAUACUUGCAGAAAUUAGAGCUGGAGGAAUCAAAGCAUCCAUACUGGUGCUGGUAUUUGGUGGAUUAAAGAUGGAGCUAUUCAAAGCUGACCCAUUGCCAGGCUACUUAUUUCUGCUUUGGAAAUUGUUCAGAACCUAAAGGCCACGAACACUACAUAGGAGUUGCAUGAGCUAGAAGCAAGGCUUGAAUGCAAUGUCACAUUGCCAUGUUGUGAUGCUGGAAUGUUACCCUCAGCUUGCUAGUGCAUUGCUGCUGCCUAUCACAUUGCUGUCUAGUGAAGUGGAUUGUAGAAGCUUUUGUUUGGCAACUGACUAUUUUUUUGUGUCUCCAUCUCAAGUACUACUAGUGACUUGACUGUGUACAAUGCAAGCUCUUUUAACUUCUUGUUUUAAAAGAGCAAGCUAUUCUACCUUUUUUAGCACUUCUGUCUUGUUAGUCCUUCUCUCUGCCCAUCUCCUCCCAGAUAGUGUUUGGAGUGUCAGGAGCUACUUGAAUUUUGGCUCUUGUAGGGCAAUUGACUUUUAUGGAAGGAACAUCAGUACUGCAUCCCUAUUUAAUGUGUUUCUGUGUUGAGCUCCUUUCAAUUUUAGAGAUGUACAUAAUGCCUUCCCUGUAUCUCCUGGUCUCUUAGCCAGGUGUCCUCUCUUGUUUUUUUAAAUCUUAAUACUAGCAGAUCUGCAUUUGAAACUCCCUCAGGGGCUUAAAUAGCACUGCAUUUCUUGAAUUUCUAAAGCUUCCUUUGUUUUGGUUCUGUUAAAGUGAUGAUCAACUGUCAUACUUGGCUUUUGGGGGACAUAGAAACCUGAGUAAAGAGUUGUACGGUUCCAUUGUAAUGCCUAUAGAUUUUUGUACUAUUUUUAUUUUUUUUUAAAAACUGAUGUAUAUUAGUAUUAAAGGUAACAAACUUACCAACUGUAUAGGAAAAGUGCAAUAACAUGGAAAAUGACAUGAUUAAGAACAAAUAUUUCCCUUGUAUUCUGUUAUACUCGUUUACUCUCCACUUCAGCCCCUUCCCCCAUUACAUGUAUUUUUUAAGAGACGUGACUCUGGGUCAAGACUUCAUUUAGUGCCAUAAUAAAAGUCUGUUUUAAUGGACAAUGGAACACAUGGAAGUGCUGUGCUGUAUAAUAAAG